AGUACCCAUGGCAUGGCAUGAUAACACAGUAAAGCGUAUUUUUUCCCCCUAAAUAUUGCCUCGACUACGCCACUGACAGCGUCGUUUGGCCGCGGCAGCCACCGGAAACUCCUCUUCGCCAAACGAAUCGUUAUUUUGAUGCGAAGAACCUAAACUUAAAUCUCUAACCCUACCUCUCAUUUCUUCACUCACUAAUUUCCUCAACCAAGUACCUUCACUGAAAAAUUCCUUUCCCUCAUAGACGCAGCCAAAAACCAUGUUGCAGAGGUCGGUUCUUCAAAUUUCAUCUCGCCGAGCUCUUAGAAGAAUCCCUAGGCAGAUUUCAACUCAGAUACCUGCAUUGCUUUCUUCGAGAAAGGAAUUCUCAAGCGCGUCUCAGCAAAAGGUGUCAUCAAAGCCUGGUUCUACAGGUAAGCCGCCUGAGUCUGGGAGUUCGUUGCCAAAAGUUAUUUUUGGCAGUGUUGCGGUUGGUGCUGUUUUCUUUGCAGCUUAUCAAAAUGGCUAUUUAGACCAAAUACUUGGUAAACAGCCGCAUGGUCCGUUGAAGGAAGAUAAGGUUGGUUUUGAGUAUAGAGAUGUGAAGGAUAUACAAAAUUCGGCUGGAAGUGAAGAGCUUAACAAGUUUGAUAACCAACAUCCGGGAGAGCAAUUAGGUUCACUUGAAAGUCAAGAGUCUAGCAAGCUGAGUCCUGAUGCUGAUCAAAAGUCUGAAGGUCUUUCGGAUAUUCCUCAUUUUGAACCAUUAAGUGAAAUACAAGGUGUGGAUCAGUCUCAGGUGCAAGAUAAACCCGACAUAACACCUGUAGAAGGUAUCGGCCCUGUUCAAGAGAAAGAAGUGUCGGAACAUGCUCAACUUCGUGCAGAAUCAAGUGAUCAAAAUGCAGAAUCUGGUAUUUCAUCGAAAGAGAGUCCUGACAUAAAAAGCACAGAGGAAGAUACUAGGAAGACACCAAAUGAAAUCCAUACUGCACCUGUAUCUACUCAGGAUGGGCCAGAGGAUACAUUAGGUAAAGGUUCAGAACCACCGGGUUCUCUCCUUGAGGAAUAUCAUUUAAAGGAUGAAACUGAAGACAUCAUUGCAACUUUAAUAAGUCAGGGACCUAAUGGAUACGAUCAUUUUCCCAAUGAAAAAGAGGAUCUAAUUAAUUCAAUUGGGGAGUUGAAUGAUGGUUACAUAACCAAGGAUGGCAAGUUGGUCCUUGAUUUCUUACAAGCCAUUCAUGCUGCUGAGAAAAGGCAAGCUGAGUUAGAUGCUCGUGUUUUCGUAGAAGAAAAGAGAGCAUUGAAGGAGAAGUAUGAAAAGGAAUUGAAGGAUGCAGCAGCUAGGGAACUCAUGCAAGCAGAGGAGGUGGCAAUGUUGGAUAAGGAUUUAAAGAGGGAAAGGGCAAAAGCAGUUCUUGCUCUUAAUGCACUUGAAGAAAAAUUGGAAGAGAAACUAAAGAUGGAACUUGAACAAAAGGAAAUCGAAGGAGAAUUAAAGUUAAAAAAACUUCAGGAGCUUGCAAAAGCAGAACUUGCUGCGGCAAUCACAAGUGAGAAGGCAGCCCAGAUUGAGAAAAUGGCAGAAGCAAAUCUUCAUAUAAAUGCCUUGUGCAUGGCAUUUUAUGCACGAUCUGAAGAAGCUCGUCAGAGUCACUUUGCUCAUAAGCUUGCCUUGGGAGCAGUGGCACUAGAAGAUGCACUUUCUAAAGGACUGCCAAUUCAGACAGAAAUAGAUGCUUUGCGCUCUUACCUUGAUGGCGGUGAUAAAGACCCAAUUUUAGAUUUGGUCCUAUCAUCCCUUCCCGAAGAAACACAGAAAAAUGGCACAGAUACACUAUUGCAAUUGAAUCACAAGUUUGAUGCCUUGAAAGGGACAUUACGGCACUUCAGCCUGAUCCCACCAGGUGGUGGUGGCAUCCUUGCACAUUCUUUAGCACAUAUUGCAUCCUGGUUAAAGGUUAAGGAAGUUGAUCAGUCAGGUGAUGGGAUUGAGUCUGUCAUCAAUAGAGUUGAGGGCUAUUUAGCAGAAGGAAAACUUGCCGAAGCAGCAGCUGUUCUUGAAGAAGGUGUUAGAGGAACCCAAUCUGCAGAAAUAGUUGGUGAUUGGCUGAGGCAAGUAAGGAACAGGGCUAUUACGGAGCAAGCUUUAACCCUGCUUCAAUCUUAUGCUACGGCCAUUAGCCUUAAGUAAAUCGUGAGUUUUGAAUAUCAACUGAUUCAUUGAUUUUGUAGUUAAAAGUUUGCAAAAAUGGUCUGGUUUUUUCAGACUACAGGAAGAACAAGAUGACCUCUACCCUUGAGGCUUGAGCAACUUUUACUUCACUGCAGUUUUGUAUCUAAUUGCAAUUUCCAUUUACUGACUCUGUCAGAUCA